AUAGCAUAUGCGGAGGGAGGGUGUUUAUUUUCCCUAAUGACGACAGCACCUUUCUUGUGCCAGGAACUGAGCAGCGAAGCAGAGAAGGAAGGAGGAAAUCUGAUGGGAGGGAGCGACUACAGCAGGAAUAUUUAGGAUACGCGCUUCGUCGUGUAGCUAUGACUCCAAGGACACUGCAGUGAGGUGUUCCUGGUGUGUUGGCUAGCUGAUGUACGACGAGAUUAGCUAGCUGUUUCUGUUUACCGAAGUUUGGGCUGAAAAGUUCACGGCGGUGCGGGAUCGGCGUUUAACAUUAUUAUUGGCUCUGUUCUACUGCUGAAACAGACCUACACAUACAGAAGACAUGGUGUCCUGGAUGAUUUCGAGAUGCGUUGUGCUGCUGUUUGGGACUCUGUAUCCUGCGUACUACUCUUACAAAGCUGUCAAGACCAAAAAUGUUAAGGAAUAUGUGCGAUGGAUGAUGUACUGGAUUGUAUUUGCCCUCUACACUGUCGUGGAGACGAUCACUGACCUAACUCUGGCAUGGUUUCCUCUCUACUACGAGCUAAAGAUAGCUUUUGUGGUCUGGCUGCUGUCCCCUUACACCAGAGGAGCAAGUCUUAUUUACAGGAAGUGUCUGCAUCCUUUGCUGUCCUCCAGAGAAAGGGAAAUAGAUGAGUACAUUGUGCAGGCCAAAGAGAGAAGCUAUGAGACCAUGGUGAACUUUGGCAAGCAGGGCCUGAGCAUUGCAGCCACCGCUGCGGUCACUGCAGCCGUCAAGGGUCAGGGGGCCAUUACUGAGAAGCUGCGCAGCCUGAGUAUGCAUGACCUCACACAGAUAGACCAGCAGGACGACAGAGGAAACCAGCUGUACCAGUACAGCUCCCAUUCUUCCAACCCUGCUGUCAGGAGGUCUCGCAGCAGUGACGCUCCGGAUGGAGAUGAGUACUAUUAUGAUCAGGAGGAAAGGACGGACGAAGAGGCCGAGCCAACCUUCUCUGAAGACGAGGCUGUGAGUCAGAAAGGACUGAGGCGAUCGCAGAGCGUCAAACUGUCUCGAUCCAGAGUUCGCAAAGACGCUCGUUACGGAUCACUGAAGAUUAAAGGCAAGAAGAGACCAGCGCUGAGCGCCGUUAACUACGGAGUCUGAAGACAUUACUGCUGUCACAUACAUACACACAGCUGAGCAGGCUGCUGGUUGGUGGAUGGUACUGUCAGCUUGUUUUUAGCUCUGACUUUUCACUCUGCUGAGCUCUUUGACGAUCACCUUUCUGCUGACAUAUUUAUUACACGCAGUGGCUCAAAGAGCGCUCGCUCUCAGCGAACACGGGCUGACUUUGUUGUGGGAUUUGUUUCUUUCUUCGUUAGCAUUGUAGACAUGUUUCUAUGUGUGUCUAGAUUUUAGAUGAGCUGUUGAUUUGUUUGUAAUUUUACAGGACACAUGCCACCUAAGGCGUCCUCUGUGAGGAGUUCAUAAAGUCAUGCUUCACUAGUUUUCAUGCUGUUGCAUCACAGUAACCCCUCAACAGGCACAAGCUUUGGUUCUCCACUAUUGUCAAUGUUUUGCAUCAAUGAUUUUUCUUGUGCAAAAGACCAAAAUCUCAAAGUUUGAGUGAACCUUCAACUAUUGUGUGCUUGGCUGGAGUCACGUGACACUAAUGGCUAACACUCAUACUCUACAUAGACAUUUACAUUGCUUUUAAAAUAGCUUGUUAAAAAUCUUAAUUAAAGCUUUAUCCAGAGCAGCAGAAGAAGGGCGAAUGUCUAAUAACACGUCUGUCUUAUUAGCAAACAUGAGCGAGCUGCACAUUCAGCUACACAACACAACUUCAUUCCAACUUUCAGCUCAGAGUGAAAAAUCACUGUUCUCGUGGUGGAAUAUAAAAUGUUGAACUUGCAUUUAGAAUAACCAAAGUUGUUUUUAUUAUAUAUGUUUUUAUGAUUUAUUUAGCAGUUCAGCUUCAAACUCUAUUCGAAAAGUUUGGCAUUAGUUCUGCUUUUGCUGCCUUUUAGCUGUUUUACCUGCUCGUACCACUAUUGUUGGAGUCUGGACUUGUGGCCUAAUUGGUACCCACUUACAGUACCAGUGGAGAGCAAUGUGAAAGCAUGAACAUUUGAGGAGAGCAGGCCUGACAGAGCUGAUAUUCAGACUCUUCUGUCGGGGGGAAACGACGUGAAUAAGAGAGAGUGUCAGCACUUGUGCAGGCCUGCAGCUCCCACUCUUGAUGAUUAUUUUCUAUUUUUUAUUGGUGCACUUUGUACUGUGUCCCGAUCUCUCCCUGGUUGUAAAUUUCAAGUCGUGUUUUGUGCUAUUACUCAAGUUUUGCUUUCUGAAUGGUGUUUUUUUUGUGAGGUGAUCAAAAGGUGUUUUGUAUGCAACCACAUGUUUUGCACAUAUACCUCCUCUUAUACUUUUUUAUCUUUAUGCUGUCCUUGCUUGUCAUCUCAAUUUUAAUGUAACUAGCUGUGAGAGGAUGCAGAGCACGAGGUGGCUGAUGGAUGCUGAUAACAGCUGCUCGUAGCAUUCGUUUCCUCGCACACUGCUGGUUGAGCGACGUUGUGAUUUCUGCGUUUCUCUGGCAGAAACGAUGUCGAUGUGUCAUCGUGUCCUGGUUCAAUUUUCAGCCUUUUUUUAUUUGCUUUGAUGCAACAACAAGCCAAACGUAUUCACAUCAGCGGGUCCAUGUAACCAUUGUAACUGACUAAUGAUAUCAAAGCUUUGUAUCCACACAAAGCACUGUGGCUGUGUGACCUUUGUGGGGAAGAUACCUGGUGUGUGGAGGUGUAAUAAAAGAAAGUUUGUCUGACUGCAGUCAGGCCAACAGA